AAAAAUAUUAUUCUUUCUUUACUCAUCCGUCCCUAAUAAUCCGAUUUCAUUGUCUUGCAUCAGAACCAAAACGAGACAUUAACUGAUCAAUCGGAGAAAGACAAAACCCUAAAGAAACCAACCAAGAUUCUUCCAUGUCCAAGAUGCAACAGCAUGGAGACAAAAUUCUGUUACUACAACAACUACAACGUAAACCAACCUCGCCAUUUUUGUAAAGCUUGUCAGAGAUAUUGGACCUCUGGUGGGACCAUGAGAAGUGUUCCCAUCGGAGCAGGACGACGCAAGAACAAGAACAACUCAUCGUCAUCAACUUCACAUUACCAACACGUGACUAUCUCCAAAACAAAUGGUCCGGUCCUUAGUUUCAGCCUCGGAGAUGAUCAAAAAGUCUCGAAUAAUAGGUUUGGGAAUCCAAAGUUAUUGGCUAGGAUAGAGAAAAAUGACGAGCGCUCAAAUAACAACACUUCGAACGGUUUGAACUGCUUUCCGGGAGUCUCUUGGCCGUACACGUGGAAUCCUGCGUUUUACCCGGUUUACCCUUAUUGGAACAUUCCAAUGUUGUCUUCUCCGGUUAAUUCAAGUCCUACUUCUACUCUCGGUAAGCAUUCUAGAGACGAAGACGAGAAGAUGACGCGAAAACAGAGGAAUGGAUCUGUAUUGGUUCCUAAGACUUUGAGAAUUGAUGAUCCUAAUGAAGCUGCAAAGAGUUCUAUAUGGACAACUCUUGGGAUCAAGAACGAAGUUAUAUUCAAUGGGUUUGCUUCGAAGAAAGAGGUUAAGAUUAAUAACAAAGAAGAAACAGAGACUUCUCUUGUUCUUUGUGCAAACCCUGCUGCGUUAUCAAGAUCAAUCAAUUUUCAUGAGCAGAUGUGAUUGUAUACAUAUGAUAUAUACGUGUAUGUAUGUAUAGAUGUGGUGGAAGAUUAAGUUAGAUAAAUCAAGAUCUGUCUU